CCGACUCCUCCAUACCACCACCAGAUGCCUCCUCCACACUCCGACACAGUGGAAUUCUACCAGCGCCUCUCCACAGAGACUCUUUUCUUCAUCUUCUACUACCUGGAGGGUACGAAGGCACAAUACCUGGCAGCAAAGGCACUGAAGAAGCAAUCGUGGCGCUUCCAUACGAAGUACAUGAUGUGGUUUCAGAGGCAUGAAGAACCUAAGACCAUCACUGAUGAGUUUGAGCAGGGCACUUACAUCUACUUUGACUACGAGAAAUGGGGCCAGCGCAAAAAGGAAGGUUUCACCUUUGAAUACCGCUACCUGGAAGACCGGGACCUACAGUGAUGCCCUGGGGCCAGCAGGGGGUGCCAAGUUUUCCUUCCAGAGACAGCUGUGGUGGUGUGCUGGGGGCAGCGGCAAAGGAAGAUCCACCUACCCCUCACCUCUCUUCAUCUUCCUCCCCAGAUCACAAGCUGGGUGGGAGGGGGCAAGCCGCAUGUUU